UUUUUUUUUUUUUUAAUAUUUUUGGGGUUUGGGACCCGCAUCAUCCAACAUGAACAAGCUGUACAUUGGGAAUCUGAGCGAAAACGUGACACCCGAAGACUUGGAAAAAGUCUUUCAAGACUGUAAGAUUUCGUUCACCGGGCAGUUUUUGGUGAAAACUGGGUACGCGUUUGUCGAUUGCCCCGAUGACCAGUGGGCAAUGAAAGCCAUCGAGGCAUUCUCUGGGAACGUGGAGCUCCACGGCAAACGCAUAGAAGUGGAACACUCAGUCCCCAAAAAACAAAGGACUCGUAAAAUCCAAAUCCGGAACAUUCCCCCGCACCUGCAAUGGGAGGUACUAGAUGGUCUGUUGGCCCAGUAUGGGACUGUGGAGAACUGUGAACAAGUGAACACGGAGAGCGAGACUGCUGUGGUAAACGUGACAUAUGGAACACGGGAACAAGCCAGGCAGGCGAUUCAGAAGCUGAACGGAUAUCAGUUUGAGAACAAUUCCCUACAGGUCUCCUACAUCCCUGAUGAGCAGCCCGUCCAGGGGAGCCAGCAGGGGCCCGACAACGGGAGGCGGGCAGGCUACGGCUCUCGAGGGCCCCCCAGACAAGGCUCCCCUGGAGCUGGGGGCCCUCACAAACACCAGCAUGCAGACAUCCCCCUGAGACUGCUCGUACCCACACAGUACGUGGGGGCUAUCAUCGGGAAGGAGGGGGCCACCAUCAGGAACAUCACCAAACAGACCCAGAGCAAGAUAGACGUGCACCGCAAGGAGAACGCCGGCGCUGCGGAGAAGCCGAUCAGCAUCCACUCGACCCCCGAGGGCUGCUCCGCCGCCUGCAAGAUGAUCCUGGACAUCAUGCACCAAGAGGCCAAGGACACCAAGACGGCGGAGGAGGUGCCCCUGAAGAUCCUGGCUCACAACAACUUUGUGGGGCGCCUGAUCGGCAAGGAGGGAAGGAACCUGAAGAAAGUUGAGCAGGACACUGACACCAAGAUCACCAUCUCGCCGCUGCAGGACCUCACCCUGUAUAACCCCGAGCGCACCAUCACUGUGAAGGGCCCCAUUGAGGCGUGCUGCCAGGCCGAGGAGGAGAUCAUGAAGAAAGUGAGGGAGGCGUACGAGAACGACAUCGCUGCCAUGAACCUCCAGGCUCAUUUAAUCCCAGGUUUGAACCUCAACGCUCUGGGUCUCUUCCCCCCCUCCUCCAGCUCAGCCAUACCUCCGCCUCCGCCAGGGAACUCUGCUGUCGCUGCCCCCUACGGCUCAUUCGGGCAGACCCCAGAGCAGGAGACAGUUCACGUGUUCAUCCCUGCCCAGGCUGUGGGGGCCAUCAUCGGGAAGCAGGGCCAGCACAUCAAACAGCUGUCCCGCUUCGCAGGGGCCUCCAUCAAGAUCGCCCCCCCUGAGGCUCCAGACUCCAAGAUGAGGAUGGUGAUUAUUUCUGGACCCCCGGAGGCUCAGUUCAAGGCACAGGGCCGGCUCUACGGGAAGCUGAAGGAGGAGAAUUUCUUCGGCCCCAAAGAGGAGGUGAAGCUGGAGACGCACAUCAAGGUGGCAGCCUCUGCCGCUGGGAGGGUCAUCGGCAAGGGGGGCAAGACGGUGAAUGAGCUCCAGAACCUCACCGCUGCGGAGGUGGUGGUCCCGAGAGAGCAGACCCCCGAUGAGAACGAGCAGGUCAUCGUCAAGAUCAUCGGACACUUCUAUGCCAGUCAGCUGGCUCAACGCAAGAUCAGAGACAUCCUGACACUGGUGAAGCAGCAGCAGAGAGGAGGGUCCUACCAGCAGCACCAGCACUCCCAGCAACAGCCAGAGGACGAGGAGGCAGUCUCCCAGUCCCUACCUCCUCUGCAACAGCACGAGCAGGAGCAGCAGCCCGGGCGGAGAAAGUGAGGCGAGCAGAGACAGAACCCCAAGACCACGAGAGAGAAAAACAAAGAACAGAAGGAAGAAAAAGACGAAACCCUGCGAAAAAGAGAAAAUCCAAAAUGAGUAAAUAGAGAAUGACAGAUUAAAAAACAAAAAGAAAGAAAACAGAGACCAGAUGCAAGGCCAAAAAGGAUGACUGGAAAUGAUUUUUAAUUUUUUUUUUUUUUUUUUCAAAAACAAUUACAAAAUUUUAAAAAAUUAAAAACCGCACACCCUAAUAAAAGUUGUUGAUUACAGUAAACUCAUAGCAAAGUGUGAUAAAGCAUAGAGAGGUAUGGGAAAGCCUAAAUUUAGUGCAGCAAAGGGGAUACAGGGAUACAGGGGACACAGGGCAAUUGACAGCUUUUGCCGAACACAAAGUCUGUAUUUAAAUAUAAACACAAGCAAUGUAUUUGCUAUUGCCUGUGAUAUGGAUUUAAAUAUUCUGUCUGAAUAUUUGUAUGUUUUUAAAUAGGUAUUUUGAAAUAUUCAGGUUUUAUUAUUCAUAUUUUCAAUUAGUAUUCUUAUUGUUCAGCUCAAACUGAAAUAAAUAAAAAGUAUAAGUCCUGAUUUUGGGUUUUUUUUUUUUUUUUUUUUUUUUUUGUAAUUCUGUUAGGACCGCACGCGGUUUAUUGAAAACUUUAUUGAAAUACAUUUUCAAAGGAAACAUGACUUUGAUGUUUGAAAAAAAGCUCUCAAUUAGGAAAAAAACUCUGAGGGAGGAAUAUAUAUAUAUAUAUAUUCAAUUCAUAUAUAUAAUUGCAUAUAUAACCCCCCUUUCUAUAGCAUUUGUAAGAAGUAAAUAAAAUGAGUUUCAUUUCCAGUCAUUCUUUUAUUCGAAGAGGUGUUUUUGAAGAAUGUAUAUGAGAGAUGUAACUAUUACAGCAUGAGGAAAGCGAGAAAGGGAUUGACAGAACAGGGACUGCACGCACAGCACAGUCAGACGCGCGCUCUCUCUCCCCCCCAGCCAAGGGCGGGGUGACGUCAUUGCAAUGCCGCGCCCCUGGUCACAUGACGUGAGGCAAGCAAGUGUGCAAGACAGGAGGCGGCAAUUUACAGUUAACAUUGCCAACAACCAAACUGCCCACAAGGUUGUAAAUAUAUUAUUAUUAAAAAAAUACUAAUGCGCUGAAAUAACCUUCAUUAAAACAAAAAGCAGAUAAAAAGAGAGAGUUACCAGUAUUGAACUCACCAGACGAUGCCCCCUGGCGGUGUGAGAGAGAAUGACUCCUGGCUUGCAGGCGCGGAUCUGAAGUGGGCAAACUGCGUAUCGUGUAGAACGCGCGUUGUGUUGGUGGGAGAGCAGUAAAGCACUGUAGCUUUUAAAACUAGCACAGCACUGUUAAAAAAAACAUAAUAAUAACCAAUGAAGGAACCAGACAAAGAGCCAACUAUUCUAAACGAGCUUUUAGGAUUGAUUGGACCUCCGCCCCAGAACUGUCUGUGACUCAGUGUUUUAGCAUCAGAACUGUCUGUGACUGUGUUCUAGCAUCGGAACUGUCCGUGUCUCAGUGUUCUAGCAUCAGAACUGUCUGUGUCUCUGUGUUCUAGCAUCGGAACUGUCUGUGACCCAGUGUUCCAUCAUCAGAACUGUCUGUGUCUCCGUGUUCUAGCAUCAGAACUGUCUGUGUCUCAGUGUUCUAGCCUCAGAACUGUCUGUGUCUGUGUUCUAUCAUCAGAACUGUCUGUGUCUCCGUGUUCUAGCAUCAGAACUGUCUGUGUCUCAGUGUUCUAGCCUCAGAACUGUCUGUGUUCUAUCAUCAGAACUGUCUGUGUCUCAGUGUUCUAGCAUCAGAACUGUCUGUGUCUCAGUGUUCUAGCAUCAGUAUGCCCGGCUGUUUCUAUCGCGCUAUCUGAAGAAGGCGAAAGCCUUUUUAUUUUUUAAAAGUGUAAUGUAUAAAAGCUGUGGCAAGCAUUUUAUUUGGAAGACUAUAGGAAAACAGCCCAGCUAAUGUAUCGCCAGCAAUUUAAACAGCAUUGGAACAGUUAUACAGAACCUCCUCCGAGAGCGAGUUUGCCCACUUCAGAAAAAUCAAUACUUCAUUUUUAUUUAUUAUUUCAUUAAAAAUGUACUGACGUUUUUAUAAGUGCUUUAAACGCCUAACGCGUCCCCUGUUCUUUUAAACAAAAAGAGAGAGAGAGAGAGAGAGCGCACACGGGUUCAACAUCCCAAACCGAGCGGGACAGUGUGCGUCGCUCAGCGGGGCGGGUUUCGGGAGAAGGAGAGAAAGAAAAGGGAAAUCCUACCUCAAGAUGUAGCACCUCAGUGUGUUCCUUACAUCGCUUAGUUUAGUUUAGUUUAGUUUUUUUUUUUUUUUUUUUGCUUGCUGGUAUUUUAUAUAAAGCUAAUAGUCUUGAAUAUUUUAUUUUUUUAAAUAUGACGAGAGAGCGAGAGAGAUAGAUUUUUUUUUUAAAGUUGGGAUGAGCUUAGCCUACGUGCUGGGAAAAUCAAAUAUACUGUUAAUGGCGUUUAUAUAAAAAGGCGAGGAGCUUUCUUCUGGUUGUUUUUUGUUUAAUUAUCGAAACUCGCUUUUUCGAGCUUGUGGAGGAAUAAUAUUUUUCGUUUUGUUUUUUAAAUAGAGGCCGUUCUUGUCCGGGGGGUGUGGCUGCCUUGUCACGGAUGGAAGACAUUUAAAAAUGCAUCCCUCCAUUAAGACACAUUGUAGCUUCUAGUACAGUCUUCGGAGCGGAUACAAUCCGAGGUGGGCUCGCUGUAGCAUCGGUUCAAGUCCCUUCAGACGCGGCGUGUUCGCUUUCCUGUCGGUGGAUCUAUUUUAGAACGCAUGGAUAUCUUUUAUCGAACCCCACAGAGUUCACACCAACUGUUCUAAACCAAAAACCUCAAAUUCCAUUUUACAAAAAAAUGCUGACUCAGUGGGAAGACGUUUCAACGUGCAUUUUGCAAAUCGUGUACAGAACAAGUGAAAUACACGACUGCGUGGCGUGUGUGUGGGACUAGAUACAGAUAACCCUAUAUGAAAUAAACCGUUUCACACGACUGUGACGCGGACAGCCAGACCCCCAGUGACGUUUUGUAAAGAAAAAGAAAAAUAGACCAAAAAAAAAAAUAAAUACAAAAUUGCCUCGGUUUAGGUCAUUCUUUCUUUAACUGAGAAAAUAAAUAGAAACAAAUAAACGAACAUGUAAAACAGCGCAUACAAGACAGACGAUGCAACCUGUACAGAACGCGCAAAAGGACAAGCUCGGCAAAUUACUUCUUUUACAAUUUUUAGAUGACGUUAAAUAAAAAGAAAAAGAAAAUAAAAAAAAGCACCUCCAUCCACACACGCCCUCCUCCGAUCGACCGGUCCGGGAACAGUCGCUGCUCGACCCCGCCGUCGGGAAAGCCCGGCAGCUUUGAAUGGCGUGCUUUAUUAGCAGCAGGUAAAGUCUAUGGUUUGUGUUUCCUUUGCAUUUUGUUUUAAGAGAAGGGUUACCUUUCAUUCUGUGGGGUUUGAUGCUAUGUAAUGCUGGGGUCAUAGACAGGCAGGCAGGUGUGUGUGUGUGUGUGUGUGUGUGUUUUUGUUUUAUUUUGUUUUUUAUUUUUGUGCCCCUUACAGUGCUACAGUCACACACCUUGUAGAAACGUACAGAAGUGCCACACGCGCUGCUUUGUGUGCAAACGAAGCUGUUUUCACUGCACGGUUUAAAUGCUGGGUUCACCUCACGCACCACCUGCAGUGUCGGCCUUGUAGCGGCAGCUGUAACAGAUCACUUUUAGAAUUUCCUACGCUUUGUUUUUAUUUCGUUUGUGCUAUAAAUGCAAUGCUGUGGGAAAAGAUUACUACCUUGACGAUAAUAACUUUAAUACUAUUGAAAACGAGCAAAAUAGAAUAUACUGCAGAACACUAACCCUAACUGCUAUAGCCUGCACUGCUACCAACAAUACAUGUUCGUUACAGACUUCAUGACAUGCAUUUGAAUGAGUUAUCCAAUUACUCACCAGAACUCUAGAACACUGCUCUGUAGCCAUCUAUCUAUAGAUAUGAUUUUCACGCAUCUUGUUUUUUUUUUUACUAGACGUUCUAUUUCCGACCACACGUUCUAAUUUCGAUUAGAGCUUCUAGUUCUGCUAGACGUUCUAAUUCCGACUACACGUUCUACGUGUGAUAGUCUGAAGCGCACAAACUGAGUAGAAUGUGAA